AUGAAGAUUGCAGUUCUUGUGCUCGUGUCGUCUCUUCACACCUUUGCCUUCAAUCUAGACCGGAAUCACAUACGAAGAGCUGUGGCUGAGAAACAGUCAGGGUAUCCUCAAAAGCAUGACGUAAAAGUGGUGAAAAGAAACAAUCCCAAUGAUAAUUUGGGAGAAGAAGAUGAGGAUUAUUAUACAGAUGACGAGGAAGGAUUGUUUAUCAAGGACGCCGAUAAUGAAUAUGUUGACGAAAAAAAGAAGCAGAAGAGCAAGACUAAAUCAGAAGCGGGGUCCCAGAUUUACAACCACUAUGCACAUGUCAAUGUUGAUAUCGACGAUGAGGCUUCAAAAAAUAUACUGCAGUCUCUGUUACGCUCAGUUCUAGGAGUACGUGAGAAAGCAGUGCUAGUAUAUGCACCUGACAUACCUCCCGUGGAUAGAAUAAAAGAAGAACGGGGCAGAUCCAAAUUUUUAGCUGACUACAAGGGAGAAGUAAGUGGCUUCUAG